AUGUUGGUUGAAGAGAUUGCUGAGGUCGUCGCUAUUGACGUGGCGCGCGACCCAGCGUUUGACCGCGAUGAAGUGCUAGAAGACCCACUAGACGCGCUAGAUAUCUGCUCUAGUCUUGUCACUAUCACCACAAACAAUGCAGAAGGAAGUACAAGACCUGCCCAGCGUAUUAUCACCUUAGCACAUUAUUCCGUCCAGGAGUAUCUUGCAUCCGACAGAAUCAAGCAAGGACAGGCAAAGCAGUACAGCAUGCAAGAAGUUAAAUGCCAUAAUAUAAUAAUAGAAGGUUGUUUAAAAUACUUAAUAGGGCUACAGCAACCAAUAUCAACGUAUAUUCUUAAGUCCUCCACGCUCGCAAGAUAUGCAGCAGAGUUCUGGAGCACCCAUCUUCGACAAACAGAGGACGAGACGGACAGAGCGAGUCAAGUAGCGAUGAGCUUGAUGUCAAUAGAACAACCAGCAUAUCUCAGCUGGAUCCAGUUAUUCGAUCCAGAUAUUCCAUGGAAAGAACCAGAUUUACGAAGAGGUCUAGAUAGCACAGCUAUGCCGCUUUAUUAUGCCGCAUUGUUAGGUGUGAAGGUAAUUACAAGAAUGUUGUUAGAUCAAGGCGCCGAGGUCCACGCCCAGGGCGGACGCUACGGCAAUGCACUGCAGGCAGCUUCAGGGCAAGGCCACGAGCAGGUGGUCAAGACGCUGCUCUACGCGGGUGCGCAUUAG